AUUAUUAUUAUUAUUAUUAAUUCUGUUCCGAAAUCUACGGUUUACAAGAACAAAUGGGCGAUACAGAUUUUUCGAGAAUGGCAAGGCCAAAGAGCAAACAAGAUUUGCACUAUUGAGCCAGGCGGAGUGUUCAAAGGUGAAGACAUUGGUUUGGAUGUGCAAGAGUUGACUGAAAGCAUUGAAAACAUGAAUGCCAAAAGUCUAAACUACUGGCUAUGCAAGUUCGUUCAGGAGGUUGCAAAUAAGUCGGGUGGACGAUAUCCCUCUCGGACGCUUUACAAUAUUGUCUGCAGCUUAAAACGUUUCUUGGUGGAGAAAAAUGGCGAGGGCGCAUUAAAUCCAUUGGCUGUCAGCGACAAAAGGUACUGUUGAAAGAAUUAAUUUGUUAUUCACAAUUUACUUUUUUGUAAGUCAUGCUGUUCCUUCCCACAGGUUUGGGACAUUUCGCCGAGUUUUGGAUGCUGAGAUGAAAGUGCAACUCGAUGCGGCCUUACUGUUUCAACAAAGAAGGAUGAGAAAGAAGCCAUCACAGACGAAGAAGAAGAUUUGUUCUGAAGCAAAGGCUUAAUGGGAACUGGUUCUUCUAAUUUGUUAUUAAAUACAGUAUAUUUCUAUAAUGGGAAGCUGUUUGGUUUAUGCGGAGGGGAACAUAGGAAUAUUACUGUAAGAAAUAUAAGGGUAAGCGAUGAUUGCCUUAGAUUUGAAGAAAACAGCUCAAAGAGUUUCCAU